AUGGCUUCUAUUGUUGGACUGAACGAUCUUUCCGACGCACUCAUCGAUGCUGGAAAUAGUCUUCUUAGCCCUCACUCUUCAACUGACGAGCUCCUUACUCUUCUCGAUGAAACUGAGUCUCUGCUCAGAAAUGUGGAGCAAGAUCAACCAUUGUCAAUGCAAAAUGCCCUAAUUCCCUCGAAGAACGCUUUGGUAUCACCUGGCCUCUUAAGCCAUCCUGAUUCUAAUGUUAGGGUUUCGGUUGUGUCCUGCUUAACCGAAAUUUUGAGGAUAACUGCCCCAGAAGCUCCUUACAGUGAUGAUCAAAUGAAGGAGAUCUUCCGGUUGACGGUAGAAGCUUUUGAGAAACUAGCUGAUGCGUCCUCUCGUAGUUAUAGCAAAGCCGAGUCUGUUCUUGAUAGUGUUGCAAAGGUCAGAUCAUGUUUGGUGAUGUUGGACUUGGAGUGCCAUGACCUCAUUCUACAAAUGUUUCGGAAUUUCUUGAAAAUCAUAAGAUCUGAUCAUCCUCGAGUGGUGUUUUCGUCAAUGGAAAUGAUAAUGAUCACGAUAAUAGAUGAAUCCGAAGAAGUGUCCACGGAUUUGCUUGAUACUCUAUUAGCUUGUGUCAAAAACGAAAACAAGAAUGUUUCACCAAUGUCUUGGAGUCUUGUGGAGAAGGUUCUUAGUAGAUGUGGCCGUAAGCUUAAACCAUACAUCAUCAAAGCUUUGAAGUCUACAGGGACCACAUUGGACAUGUAUUCUCCAGUAGUUUUAUCCGUUUGCCAGACUGUAUAUGAUACGACGCCUCCUAAAGCCAACAAUAUUGUUACCACCAAGGUAGCUGAAACGAGAUCAGGGAGACAAGUAACCCCAAGUAAUACAAUGGAGGACUUUUAUUUGGAAAAACUGGAUUUGAGGCAUUCUCGCAAGGAGACUCACUCUAAAAGAAGUUCCAAAAGACCUGCGAGAGAUGGAACUAUACGAAUCAGUAGUGAGGAUGACAAAGUAAGAAAUGGAAACAAUUCGAAUUUGGCGAAACAGAGUCUGAAGCGAGAGUGGUCUGAAAGUAGAGAUGCAGAAACAGAUUUAGGAGUUACAGGGAAGAGAGGACGGAGACCAAAUUCGUUGAUGAAUCCUGAGGAAGGUUAUGACAUUUCUUGGAUUUCCGCCGGAAAAAGAGAUUCAUUCAAGACAUCUUCAAAGAAGAGGUUCCAGAAAAGAGGGUCCAGAGGAGAAUCAUCACGUGGAAAGCUGGCUGCCAAGAAAGCAUCUUCAGCUAGCAUCAUGCUGGUUAAGAGGGAUGAGAGUGAUCUUGAUCUUGAUUUAGAUUCUCCUUCUUCACCGAGAUUGAAGGAAUUGGCAUCAUGCUUCCGAGAUGAAGAGACUCUUGUGAAAGAAUCAAACCAGGAGAGCUAUGAAAUACCAGAGGAUGACAAAGAGAUUGGUAAUUCAAGCAAGAAGACAAGGUCCCAGAAUGGCGAAGAGAAAAGUCAGAGAUCAGCGAAGAAGAAGCCAAUUGUAGAACCUAAGGUUGUGAACUCCAGCGGGAAGAGAUCAUCAGCUCGCUCAGAUGCUAAGAAAAAGAAUUUAGAAAGUGCAUCUCCGCAUCCACAAUCAUCAAAGGGCAAGAAGGUGGUUUCUCAAGGUGCCGCUAGACCAUUGGCAGAAGAAUCUGAAGAAACUUCAAAGAGCCAUCCGACGAGGAAAAGGACAGCAAGAAAAGAAGUGGAGUCUGAUACGAUUGGCUCUGGCAAGGAUUUGGUCGAUAAGAGAGUCGAUAUCUGGUGGCCACUCGACAAGACUUAUUAUGAAGGCUUCGUAAAGUCUUAUUCUAGUCGUAAGAAGAUGCAUCUGGUAGUAUAUACCGAUGGAGAUUCAGAAGAGCUUAAUCUCGCAAAAGAACGGUGGAGGUUACUGGAGGAUCUCAAUUCCGCCAGUGAGGAGGAUGAGGAGAUUGAUCUGCCAGAGUCCGUUCCUUUAUCUGACAUAAUGCAGAGAGUCAAGAAAGGCAAAAACGUGGCAGUGGCAGUGGCUGUGGAACCGACUAGUUCCUCAGGUGUAAGAUCCUCCAGCAGAAAGUCGAAUAAGCAAGGGGGAAGAGGCAAAGAAGGAAAGAAUCUGAAAUCGUUGAAAGAGUUGAAUGCUGAAACAGACAGAAGAGAAGAGCAGGAAGUGAGCCGAGAUGUGGACCAUGAAAACGAAGAUGGUGAUUGUAGUGAAAGCCAAGAACAAUCCGGAGACAACGGUGAUGAAGAGAGCCUAAAAUCAGAAGCUGAAACUAAGGACGAAGAGAAACACUCCGCAAGUUCAGAGGUUGAGAGUGAGAGAGAGGACUCAGGCUCAGAAGAAGAGCCAAAGUGGAGAGAAACAGAAACAGAGGACAUGGAGGAUGAAGCAGAAGAGAAAGAAGAGGUUGAUGAUAAAGAGACAAGCGCAAUGUUGUCGUCUGAGAUUGAGAAAGAAGAAGAUGAAGAUGAAGAUGAAGAUGAAGAGAGAGAGUCUUGA